UGCGCUUCAUCAGUCUCAGUGAGUGAGAUACACAGAUAAGAUGAGAAUCUCCGCUGGAUCUCUGCUGCUGCUUGCUCUGACCGCUCUGGUCUCUGUGACUCUGGCCAAGAGCGUCUUUACCUUCAUGGACGUCCUCAAAGCAGCUACUGUCGACUUCAACCAGAAGAGUGAUGAGAAGAAUGCCUUUGGGCCGCCCAAACAGAGCCCACUACGGUCAAUGUCGAUGUUUGAGCCUGGUGACGGCUCUGUCAUCAUCAAGUCCAUCACUUUCACACUGAAGGAGACAGUGUGCCCCAAAUCAGUGGACUAUCUGAAGGAAGAGUGCGUCUUCAAGGAGAACGGGUCUCUGAAGAUGUGCUCCAGCACAGCCACAGUCCUGAAGUCACAGCCAGCGGAGGCAGCAUCACUCACAGUGUCCUGCAGGGAGGUUACGGACCCAGCGGAGCGCAAGAAACUCUCAGAGCCUCCCAGCUGGACAAAGUACUUCAACUGGUAAAGAUGUGGCAUCAGAAGACAUGGCGUCAGAGCAAAACCAUUCACCAGCAUUUUUAUUUUGCCUGUGUAUUAUAUCUGUUUUUUUUUUUUUUUUACAACGGUGUUAAUUCGUUUCUGAAUAAAUGCAUCAAUUCAACUUACCCACUCUAUCAAACAUCUUUUCUCUAAUGGUACACUGCACUAGGAGGGCAAGCACAUUCUGCACUUGUCUUGGGUCAAAGAGAAUUGUUUUGUUCUUUAGUUUCGCAUGAGACUAUAACGCUGAUCUAUUUUACCUCAAAGGCGAUGUUAACUAAUAGAUGACCAACUCAUCUAUUAAGUAAGAAAUGUAAUGAUUUAUGAAAUAGAAUGUAAAAUACCAUUAUGAAAAAUCAUGAAAAUGUGCGAUGUCUACAGAUAGCUUUCACCACAUACAUGUGGUUGAUCUGAUCACUGGGGCGAGACUUUUUUUUUUGAGUUGUUUGAAGGACUCAAUGUCUAUUGCUUCAAAAAACGUGCAAUAGCACCACCAGCCGCCAAUAAACAGAAAUUACUGUUCUUU